AAAUACCCUACACCCAUCACUUUCUUUUCACCCACUGCUACCUCUUCCUUUGCCUCCUUAGUCCUCUUCUAAGCUUUCUAAGAAAAAAACAAGUUCAUUCUCAGAAACAAUGGAGGCAAUGAAGAUGAAGCUUUUCUUAGUUGUGAUGGCCAUGUUGAUGAUGGCAGCUUCAGCUGCAGAGUCACCGGCUCCAAGUCCCACAUCGGAUGCUACAGCUCUGAUGGUGCCAACAGCGGUUGCUUCACUCGUUGCUCUUGCUUUUGGGUUUCUCUUCUGAGAUGAAGCAACUAAUUGUAUGGGAUAAUUAAGGUUAUGUUUCUCAUCGUACGUGUUUUCUACAUUACUAUGAUUCACCAUUUCUUAUUCUUCUUUGACACAUUCAUUCCCCAAUGUACUUUUUAUAUGUGAUGUUUAUAUGAUGAGUAUUGAAUUUGAUCGUGUAAUAUUAUCGUGAUUUAUUUGGUUAUUUCUUGAAUUAUUCA